UUCCACAGAAUUUCUUGUAGCCCGCGUUUGGUGGUGGAAUAUGAAUGAGAAAGAGCUUGAAAUUUCGCUACUUAGUGUAACUGCCAAAUAUGAACUGAUUUUUGCUGGGUAAAAACCGGGGAGAACGGCUAAUGUAGACACUUUAAACUGGAUUAAUUGCCUUUUUGAGUUUUGCAUAUUUACCGCAUAAACCACACUGGGAAAGGAAAAUAACGCACCAACCUAUUGCUAAUAAACAUUAGCAAGGAUGGAGAAACAGUUACUUUGCUUGGAUGGGAGGUUGAAAUUCUCAGGUAUAUGAUGUAAACGGACCAUAUGAGGAGGACUAACAACAACCAGACGCGUCAUUUUAUCUUGCGUCUGAGACAGCAGUGCCAUCAUGUAUUCGAGCUCAAACGAUCCCACAAAGGCCAACUCCAGCAGCAGCAGCAGCAUCACAGAGCUCCUGAACGCUCUGUGUGACUGCAGCCUCUCUGGGGUCUCUUGGAAGCGUCGAGCCCUCGGAGGAGUUUCCAAAGAGGGCUUCCACCGAGCCCUUAAAAAGCGGGCCUACGGUGCCUUGCUGUCUAAGCUUUUUCAAGAUGGCACCAAAGGGUCUGCCUUGAGGCCCAGUGCCACGGCCAGAACCCCACCCAGGAACAAAGUCCUGAUGAUGUGCUUUGACUUGCGAGUGGCCGGCUGCCGGGAAGAAGCGGAAGCGCUGGAGGAUCGGCUGGGGAGGCUGCGUGAAGGAGCGUCCUCCGGUCUGAGAGAAGUGGACUCCGUCCUGGAGCUCCUAGUGUGCCUCGCCGGCUCCACGCCGUCGCCUCCCACCUCGUUCAGCAGGGACUACAUGAGACGAGAGAGGGCCGUGCUGCGGAGGCCGCAACCCUGGAGCUACCAGAGCGAGGAGCUGCAGAGGCUGGAGGCCAGGGCGUGGGGUCUGGUGUGUGCGGAGGAGUGGGGGACGCUGGAGACUGUGUGUGGAACUCAGAGGCUGAUGGACUCCCUGCCAAGGACAGGGUUGCUGGCUUUGAGGACGAAAGUGGAAGCAGAAGAGAGAUUUGAGAAGGAGACGCGGCUGUCGUUGUUUGGGGCGCUUCAGCACACUCGAACGUCAGAUAUGGACAUCAGACUGGACCUCCCACCUGUUCCCACUAAUAUCGAUGUUACUGGACUGGCUAUCAGGGUUCCUCACUACUUGGAUCAGUCUGAGGACGAGGGCUUCCAGUCAGCCUCCAACCUGACCCCAGACUCUCAGUCAGAGGCGAGCCCCGUUCCAGAUGUUGACAUCUGGGAGGCUGUCCGCACGUUUGAGCCUAGAAGGCGCCGCUGCUGGGAGUCUGUUGGCUGUCCACCAGGAAAAAGGGAGUCCUUCUAUCUGACAGAGGGAGGCAGAGAGACAUUUGACCAGCUCUACCUGCUGUGGGAGGGAGAGAUGAGGGUCGUGAGCUCCAGCGACUCCUCUCCCAUCCUCAUGCUGCCCCUGGACUCCCAGACGCAAUUAGUGUCUGACCUCCUGAACGUUCUGAUAGGAGUGGCGUCCACUACCUUCCCUCUCAACCAGAGCGUCCAGUUUGACGUCAGGCCCGGCGUGUGCGUGUCGGGAGCUUCUCCGGAGAGCGUGUCUCGUCUUCUCGGGGAGUUGGCCCAGUAUGGCACCCACUACCUGAGGCUGAGUCGCUUUUCUCUCCAGAGUGCUGACAAGAAGAGCCUAGUCUUCCAGGCGUUCACCGGUGGUCUGAGGAAGUACCUGCAUUACUACAGAGCGUGCGUCCUCACCACUCCCCCCACUCUCAGCCUGUUGACCAUCGGCUUCCUUUUCCGCAAAGUGGGCCGCCAGCUCAGGUACCUGUCGGAGCUGUGCUGUGUGGACGGACCGUCGGGCUCAGGCCAGGCCACCUUCCCUGUGGGUGUUAAGCUGCUGUCCUACCUCUACAACGAAGCCCAGAGUAACUGCAGCAACGAGAACUAUCCCAUCCUGCUGUCCCUGUUGAAGAGCUGCUGCGAACCUUACACACGGUUCGUGUCCGACUGGGUGUACAGCGGCGUGUUCCGAGACGUUUGUGGAGAAUUCAUGAUCCAGGUCAACGAGGAUUACCUCAGUUUCAGGGACAAACACUUCUGGGUUCAAGGCUACACUCUGAUCUCGAAGGAUGUGGAGGACUGUGUGCCGGUCUUCCUGAGACACAUUGCCAACGACGUCUAUGUCUGUGGGAAGACCAUCAACCUCCUCCGAAUCUGCUGUCCACAGCACUACAUCUGCUGGUCGGAGCUGCCGGUGCCUCGCAUCGCCGUCACCUUCUCCCUGCAGGAGGUGGAGGAGAUUGAGAGGGAAUGCGCGGUGUAUCGCGGCCGCAUGGAGAGGAUCGCCAAACACAGCGCCGUCAGCAGGGAGGAGCAGGCCCUGCGAGCAGAGCGAGCGCGCCAGGAGCUGAUCAAUCAGGUCAGGGAGUCGGCGGCUAAAACCCUGGAGAGCAUCCGAGGGCGCCAGGUGUCGCAGCGUCUAGCUGAAGAGGCCAAGAAAAGGGAACGCUUUGAGGAGCUGAAGCAGCACCUGGAACAGGAGCAGGAGUGGCAAAAUGCAGCCAAGAAGAAGCAGGAGGACGACGACUUUGGCUUUGCCAGAGAGCUGAGAGACAGAGAAAAGAGACUGCAAGCCCUGGAGGAGCAGCUGGAGCAGAGAGCCAGAAAGGAGCUGAUUGCUCAGUACAGCCGUCUGUCGGAGGAAGCGGCUCGCAGAGAGAGACGGGCCAUGUGGAGAGUGCAGCGAAUGAGACUCCACGAAGCCAGGGAACAGUUCUUCAUGCUCGACAGGCAGAAAAUUCAGGCAUUGCUGGAUAAAUACCCCUUUGGCCAGGAGAGCCCUCCCGUGGCUGCAUUGCCAUCUGGUCCUUCAUUAACGCCACAACAAACUCACGAAUUUCCCACUCAGGAGGAGCAGUCAGCAGACAUUCGAAGAUCAGAAGCUGCAUCCUCGCCACUUAAUCCGUCGGCAGCAGACCCUCCUCCCAUCUCGGAGGACUCCGACAUCAGUGACCUUCUCACUAAAUCGCCGAAGCCUGACAGUCAGCAAGUGGAUAACGCCUUGGAGGAGAUUGGCUCUGACCUACCUGAUGCCCGUCCUGCUCUGCAACUCGUUGACUAUGACUUUAGUGCCACCUUUAGCCCACUCGAGGGUAUCGCCGGCCAAUCUUCAUCUCAGUCCAGGCCUCGGUGGGGACCUGCAGUGCAGCCUGACUUGAUGCAGCACUCUGAAGCUUCCAGCUCGGGUACAGACCAAGGUCAGAAUGAGGCUGUACUAGAACAAGAGGCAAGUGAUGAGCAGGAAAAAGAUCAAACUAAGACUGACGGAGGUGAUGCAGACACUAAAGACAAAGACUCAGAGAGUGGAGAUACACCUGGUGGAGGUGUUUGUCUCCCAGGCCCUCAGAGUUCUCUCUCCAUUGCCAACAUUAAGGUUCCAGACAGAAGCUCUCGUGGCCAUUCAUCUGAUGCUCAUAUAGAGGUUGGACAGAAUGUCUCUGAGGUAACUGCUCCCCUCCCAACCCCCAACGUUCACGGCCAUGCUUCCGACUCACACAUCAAGGUGGGAGAACACGUGUCCGAAGUCGGCGUUCCCACACCGUCCCCCAGUGCUCACGGUCACUCCUCUGACGCUCACAUCAAAAUCGGGGAAUAUGUUCCUGAGUGUGUCCCUGCUCUUCCUGUCCCUAGCAUCCACGGUCACAUCUCGCACGCCCACAUCAAGGUUGGCGAACAGGUUUCCGAAAUAGAGGCGCCGUUACCGUUGCCGAACAUUCACGGCCACAGCUCUGACGCUCACAUAAAGGUCGGGGAAAAUGUUUCAGAUGUUGUGGCGCUGCGGCCUGCACCCAGCGUUCACGGACAUUCCUCUGACGCCAAUAUAAGAGUGGGGGAGUUUGUGUCUAACGUAGUGGAAGGAAGACCUCGUUGGAGCAAACACGGACACUCCUCGGAUUGUGUCCUCCAGCCGGGUUGUGUGGUCUCUGGAGAAGAACUCCCAUCAGCCCCUCUGCCUGGCAGCUCUUACGGUCACUCCUCAGACUCAGCUUUAAGCAUCGGGUGUGUGGUGCAGGGGUCAGAGCCGCCACCCGCUGCACUUCCAGGCAGCGCCUACGGUCACUCAUCAGACUCUGCUCUGGGGGUUGGAUGUGUGGUGAAAGGAAAAGAAGAUCAAAAGACAAAGGACGAGGAAGAUAAAGUUUCUCCUUCAGGUAGUCCCACCGGUGACAGGAUGGUGUGUUGGACAUCUGGGUUGUGGUUAUCCCCUGGAGAGAAGUCCCAGCAGGAAUACCUCUUGGCCCUGUCCGCUCAGUACCAGGUGGAACACUACGAGGACUGCUACAACUUACUGGCUUCGUCCCCCGAGUCCCAGCUGCUGAAGCAGGUAACGCGGGGGCACUGGGGCCUUCCCAUGGACCCGACGCUCCGCAGAGCCACAGACACCACAGCUGUCCAGCUCAGUGAGAUGGUUUCCCUGCCGGUGCUGAUAAAGCACUCUGUCACCGCCCCGCUCAUCACGCAUGUCUCCUUGGUGAAUAAGGCUAUAGUGGACUACUUCUUUGUGGACCUGGGGGUGGAAAGACACUUUGAGGCGCUGCGCCACUUCCUGCUGAUGGAGGAUGGCGAGUUCGCCCAGUCUCUCAGCGAUCUGAUCUUUGAAAAGAUGGCCAGCGGCCAGACUCCGGGCGAGCUGCUGACCCCGCUGGUCCUGAACUCCAUCCUCAGCAAGGCCCUGCAGUACAGCCUCCACGGAGACACUCCCCUCGCUCCUAAUUUCACCUUCGCCCUGCGCUUCCUGCCCGAAACCUUCCACCCCCACGCCCCGGACUCCCUCAACUGCUUGGAGCUGCGCUACAAGGUGGACUGGCCGUUGAACAUCAUCAUCACUGACAGCUGCAUGAACAAGUACAACCGCUUGUUUUCGUUCCUGCUGCAGCUCAAACACAUGGUGUGGAGCCUCAGGGACGUCUGGUUUCACCUCAAGAGGACAGCUCUGGUGAAAGGCGCGGGCCGCUCGGUGCAGUUCCAUCAGCUGCAGCUCUACAGGCACGAGAUGCAGCAUUUUGUCAAAGUCAUACAGGGUUACAUCGCCAACCAGAUCCUGCAGGUGUCCUGGACCGAGUUCACGGCCAAGCUGGCCACCGCCGGUGACCUGGACGGCAUCCACCGCACACAUGCUGACUACCUCAACAGAGCCAUCUUCAGGGGUCUGCUGACGGAGAAAGCAGCUCCGGUCAUGAACAUCAUCCACAGCAUUUUCAGUCUGAUCCUCAAAUUUCGGGCUCAGCUCAUCGCACAACCCUGGGACAGCCAGCAGGGGGAGGCAGUGCACCCGAGCUUCAUUGCUAUGCAGCAGUCGUACAACACUUUUAAGUAUUACUCCCACUUCCUUUUCAAAGUGGUGACUAAACUGGUGAACCGAGGCUAUCAGCCCCAUUUAGAGGAUUUCCUGCUUCGCAUCAACUUCAACAACUACUACAAGGACUCUUAAGGUGCUCUCUGGUUUCCUGUUGUACAUCGUUUAAUUGGCUGAACCCUCCCCGUGGGCCGCUUUGAGAAGAUAUGUUGGAUUUAUGACGGUGUUCAAACGUCCUUGAAAUCCCACCUCUGCUGUCCUCCAUUUAGGAACCAAAUGGUAAUUAAUGUUGAGCCCUUAAUGGUUUUCAUGCACUUAAACAAUCAAGGCGACACGCGUGAGCUGAAGCUCCUGACUGUUGUAAUGCAUCUUGUACACAUGUGGGCGUUCACUGAUGUAUAUUUAAAGCUAAUAUAAAUGAAGUGUUCAUGUGUGAAUACAAAGUUGACAUGUUUUCUUUAAUGAAAGCUCUGAGUCUGUUUUUAUGUAAAAUUUCUAAAGUAAUGUGUUAAAAAAAAAAAAGAAAACUCCAAGCAGUAACUCGGUUAAGAAAUUACAUAUUUAUUAAAGACUGAAUGUUAACAUUAAUGGUUUUAGAAAACCGGGUUUAAUUAAGUGCAAAGCAUUUCAGGUAAUAAAUGUAGCCGUUUAUAAAAAAGACAGAGUGAAGAAACACGUUCCUGCUAAUAUUAUGGUAAUGUACCUCCUUCACUGUGAGUACCAAGAAUGUUUCUAAUGAUACAUUACUUACAAAGCAAAAAAUAUAUCAAGGCUGUAGCUCUGCAGCAGGUCGCACACAGAAGGAAAGUUUUAGUUUCCGGAUGGAAUAUUAAAGUUUAAACUAAUUUCUUCUAGCCAGUAAUUUGCUAAAGAGAAAACACAAACAGCAGCUUUGUCAUUACACACACACAAAAAAACCUCUUGAUGGGAAACGGUAAUCACAUUAGUUUGCAUUACUCAGGACUCUGGAGGAGCGAAAGUUUGCUGUACAUCAGCCUCACUGCAAAUAAAGAUCCGGCAACAGAAAAAGAGAGCGCUUGAUAUUUGAGAAGGUUCAUUUUAGUGGCUUGUGGUUUGUUGGAGUCUUGAGAAGCAGGCCAUCUUUACAGUAGGUGUCGAUUUUCUCUACCUUUUCACAUUGCACUGAUAUUGUGAAUUAAUUUACACAAACAAGUCCCAGAUCAGGCAUUUCCUUUUUUUUUUUUUUUUUUUUUGCAGUCGUACAU